UCUUCAAGGGCAAGCCCAUGUACUCUUGGUGGUCUGAAGAUCUCUCUGCCCUUUCUGUGCUUGACUGCAUAGUGUAUGAUCAUCACUCUAAUACCUACUUGGAUAUAUGGACUGCCCAUAUAAUUUUUGUAAGGCUUACAUCGUUGAUCAAUGUAACGCAAAGCAAUUAAUGUUGACGUCAGGCUCGAUGGCAUGUUAUUCUUGCUAAAAAGUCAGCUGACGACAUUUCUCUCUCUUUUAUUUGUAAAAAGAAAAAAAGAAAAGCUACAAUGGGUACAACAUGUGUUGGAACCGGUUGUGCGUUCAUUGUCCAUUUUAAUUGUUGUACGCCACUUCCCAUGGAGGCGUAAGUGAUACUGGCACAAACAAUUGCUUUCGUCGAGCAGCUUGCUGGUUCAUUGCCAGGGUGCUGGUUUCAUCAAUGGGACCGAAACUGAAGUUCUCUCUUGUGUUUUAAAUAUGAAAGCCUUCAGAGGUUGGGAGUGGAAAUGAUGAGGGAGGCGUCCAACCCUGGCAUUUGGUGCACUUUUGGGAACAGACGGUGAGUGAGCAGUUAGACAGACCUAAAGACAGCUUGUGAACAGCUCUCUCUGUCUCUGGGAGUCUGGCGUGAGACAGCAGAUCAUCUACAAGUGAGAAGGAAGAGGUCCUGGCAGCUAUGUCUUUUUCUCUGGUCUCUUGGCUGAGCUUCCGGAACUUUCCAAUGAGAAGUGGUGUUCAGCCGACGCUGAAAGGAUUCUAUUGUAUCCUGUGGCUAAUGCUGUGCUUUCUGGCUGAGCAGAAAGGUGGUGGAAAAGUCCUGGCUUCACUACCAAAGGGAUGUUACCGAGUUGCAGCUAAAGUGACCUUUAACCCGGACACUGCCCACCCAGCACUUGUUGUGUCUACAGACCGGAAGACUGUGACAUCGGAAGGUGUGGAGCACCCCGUGCCUCCUAACCCCAGGAGGUUCACUAAAAGCCCUGCCGUGUUGGGCUCUCCAGGGUUUAAAUCAGGGAAACAUUGCUGGGAAGUGGUGUACGGAAACCAGAGGGAAUGGGCGGUCGGGGUAGCGCGGGAGUCUGUGAAAAGGGAUGUCUACCUCUCCCUUACCCCAGAGGAGGGGAUUGUGCAGGAAGGUCUCUGGUGGCUUCGGCGUCGGCAAAGCGACCCCCAACCACCUCCCCAAGGCUCUGGAACCAUUGGGGUUCUUCUGGAUUGCGAUCAAGACACCGUGACUUUUUACAUGGCUGGUAAAGUCAUUAAGAAAGAUGUUCCCCGCAACGGAGAGGUCGUUUAUCCUUUAUUCUAUGUGGGUGGAGGUGUUUCACUCCGCCUGAAGGACUUGAAAGAGUGAGCGGAGAAUUGCCCGCCAGCGCCACGCCACACAUUUUUCAGGAUUUAAGAGUCUCUGGCUUCAUGUGGUAAAGACGCAGGAACAACAAUACACAUGUGGUGGGGUUGUGAGGAGAUUAGGAAAUUUUGGAGAUUAAUACAUGAGGAAUUAAAGAAAACAUUGAAAAUCCCAAUUGUUAAAAAAACAGAGGCCUGAUAGGGAAAGAUAUACAGUGGUGCCUCGCAAGACGAAAUUAAUCCGUUCCGCGAGUCUCU